AUGACUCCCCCACUUAACAUCGUCCGUCAAAUCUUGGAAACGCAGAUGCUUUCCCAACUUGACCCCGUCCACGAUGCGAAGGUCAAAAGUGGCUCUGUCCAGCAUGGAAAUCUGGAAGACCACCUUGCUGAGAACGUCAACUUCCAAAUUGUUAGUGAGGCCGCUGAUAUCUCCCGCCAGCUUAAUGGCCGCGACGCGGUGAAGUCUUUGUCCUCCUCCAACUCUGGCCCUUCUCUUCACAAACUCAUUGAUAACACCAAACCUUACGAGACGGAGAUUGUGCACUUGAUCGGAAGUGAGCAGUCCCCAUGGGUGGCGGCUGUUCUUCGAAACACUGCUACUACUAAAACAGGUCAGCCAUUCAAACAUGAAUGGGUCGUGCUCCUUGAGUUUGACAACCAGGACCAUAUCUCAACUCUGAAGGUCUACCCAGACUCUCACAACCUCCAGAAUCACGCUGCCAACUUCUAG